AUGCGUUCCUCACUGCUUUGCGCCGGCACACUCGCCGCAACGGUGGCCGCAAUGUGCGAUCGAACCUUCCUUAACGACAUGUCUGCAGCCUACCUCUCCGCCCAAACCAAAGGCGAUCCACACGAAAUCCCAUCCCUCUCUGCCAACCUCGUCUACACUGAGCAAUUCAAGCAAAUCCCUCUGAACGUCAGCAUCAUGAACAAACCGCUCCCCAUCUCAUACGACCGCACCUUCUACGACGAAGUUUACUGCACCGCCUUCGUCGAGGUCGUCGUCACGGAUACCGCGCACCCGUACGUGAUCGGCACCAGGAUGGAGGCUGACGGCCAGUAUAUUACUAAGAUGGAGACGCUGGUGAGCGAUGAGGGAGAUUGGCUGUUCAAUGCGACGGGAUAUGCGCAUUACGGCUAUGAGCUGGAGGACUGGCAUCCUAUCCCGACCACGGAGCAAGAUUCCCGCGAAGUAAUCCAAGCGGCCGGCGACGCCUACUUUGAUCGCUUUGCCAACGCGAACGUCUCGGUGCCAUGGGGUACGCCAUGCGCCCGCCUCGAAGGGGGUGCGUAUACGGGCGGCGGCAAUCUCUCAGCCAACACCUGCGAUCUCGGCUUACCCAGCACCAUCCACGUCGUCGAUAGGAGGUACGUGGUUGACGUACAGAUGGGCGUCGUGAACAUUUAUGUGGGGUUUCCGGGGCUGGAUCGAGCGAGUAGCGAGCCGACGCCUGAUAGCCAUUUGUUCAGGGUUGAGAAGGGCAAGAUCAAGUAUAUUCACACGAUUUCUACGUGUGAGGGGCAUCUAGGGUGUGGGCUGAAUAUGACGUUUCCUCCGGGGAUGAGGAGGAAGAGAUACAAUCGCGCGCCUAGUCGGUCGGCGCCGGUGCGCGUAGCAUAA